AGGGCGUGGCCGGGCGCGCAGGGGGCGGGGCCGGCCUCUUCUGCCAGUGGUGCCGAAGGCCACGGAGAGAGCCGCGAGGUCCGGCAGUAUUUCAGAAUCAAAGCUAGGAAAAAUAAUUAAGAAUGGCUGUGGAGGAACUCCUGUCCAUAAUAAAGAAAUGUCAAAUCUUAGAUGAGGAUGACUUCAAAGAAGAAGAUUUUGGCCUGUUCCAAUUAGCAGGCCAAAAAUGCAUAGAAGAAGGGCAUAUAAACCAGCUAUUAGAAAUUAUUAAAAAUGAAAAUAAUAAGGUUAUCAUCAAGACUAUGGGCUGGAAUCUUAUUGGUCCUGUUGUUCGGUGCCUUUUAAGGAAUGAUAAAGAAAAUGAUGAAAGAAAAAGUUAUUUUCUAAUGCUUGAUUUACUGGUCAAGUUAUGUAAUCCAAAGGAAUUAUUGUUGGGCUUGCUUGAACUGAUUGAAGAGCCCUCUGGAAAACAGAUAUCCCAAAUUAUUCUUCUUUUACUUCAGCCAUUACAAACAGUGAUUCAGAAACUUCCUAACAACAAGGCAUAUUCAGUUGGAUUAGCAUUGUCUACCCUUUGGAAUCAACUGUCUCUUCUUCCUGUUCCUUACUCAAAAGAACAAAUACAAACAGAUGACUAUGGCCUUUGUCAGUGUUGCAAGGCCUUAAUAGAGUUCACUAAACCUUUUGUGGAAGAAUUUAUUGUUAAUAAAGAAAACAAGGAAGAUGAAAACAAAAAAUUAAAAGAUGAAUUACUGAAAUUUUGUUUCAAAAGCUUGAAAUGCCCUUUACUGGCAGCGCAAUUCCUUGAACAAUCUGAAGCAGGAAAUGAUCCUUUAAGGUGUUUUGCAUCUGAAAUAAUAGGUUUUUUAUCAGCAAUUGGACACCCUUUUCCAAAAAUCAUUUUUAAUCAUGGAAGGAAAAAGAGGAUAUGGAAUUACCUUGAAUUUGAGGAAGAAGAAGACAAACAAUUAGCAGACUCUAUGGCCUCUCUGGCAUAUCUAGUAUUUGUUCAGGGCAUCAGAAUUGAUCAGCUGCCAAUGGUUUUAAGUCCUUCAUACAUUUUGCAGUUUAAUAUGGGUCAUACUGAAGUCUUUUUGCAAAGAACAGAAGAGUCUAUUUUGUCCAAAGGAUUGGAACUUCUGGAGAGUGGUUUAUUGAGAAUAGAAGAUAACAGUCUACUUUACCAGUACUUAGAAAUCAAGAGUUUUCUUACUGUACCUCAGAGCUUAGUCAAAGUAAUGACACUUUGCCCCAUUGAGACACUGAGGAAAAAAGGCUUAGCCAUGCUUCAAUUGUAUAUUAACAAGUUGGAUUCACAAGGCAAAUAUACAUUAUUUAGGUGCUUAUUGAAUACAAGUAAUCACUCAGGUGUGGAGGCCUUUAUUAUUCAAAAUAUCAAAAAUCAAAUUGACAUAUCAUUUAAGAAAACGCCUAACAAAUGGUUUACAGGACCACAGUUGAUUUCUCUUUUAGAUUUGGUACUGUUUCUCUCAGAAGGUGCUGAAACAGAUUUACUGCAAAACUCAGAUAGGAUUAUGGCUUCAUUAAAUUUAUUGAGGUAUUUGAUUAUCAAAGAUAAUGAAAAUGACAAUCAAACUGGAUUGUGGACGGAACUUGGAAAGAUUGAAAAUAAUUUCUUAAAGCCACUUCAUACAGGACUUAAUAUGUCAAAAGCACAUUAUGAAGCAGAAAUUAAAAAUAGACAAGAAAAUAACCAAGCAGUCCAGAAGUCUAAGGACCUUUGUUCUGUAACUGUAGGCAGAGAAGAGAUUCCUAAUAUGCCUCCUGAAAUGCAGCUUAAGGUCCUACAUUCAGCUCUUUUCACAUUUGAUUUGAUUGAAAGUGUUCUAGCUCGAGUAGAAGAACUCAUUGAAAUAAAAACAAAGUCUACCUCUGAAUGUAAAAUGUUGGAAUAAAGUAAAAGUUUUCCUUCCUAAAUAAAAAUUGAUAAAACACUGUU